UUUAUCGCGAAAGAGCUGCCGGAAUGUACUCUGCAUUACCUUAUGCCCUUGCACAGGUGGUUUCUGAGAUACCAUACGUCUUCAUUCAAACCAUAUAUUAUACCCUCAUUGUGUAUUCCAUGGUGAGCUUUGAAUGGAAAGUAGCCAAAUUCUUUUGGUUCUUCUAUGUCACAUUCUUCUCCUUCUUAUACUGGACAUACUACGGAAUGAUGACUGUUUCCAUCACACCAAACCACCAAGUAGCAGCUAUUUUCGCAGCAGCAUUCUAUGCACUCUUCAAUCUCUUCUCCGGCUUCUUCAUCCCAAGACCGAGAAUUCCCAAGUGGUGGGUAUGGUACUACUGGAUUUGCCCGGUAGCAUGGACAGUUUACGGAUUGAUCGUGUCACAAUACGGAGAUGUCGAAGACCUGAUUCGAGUGCCCGGAAUGGAAACUAGGCCUAGCAUAAAGUGGUACAUUGAGGACCAUUUUGGGUUUGAUCCAGACUUCAUGGGACCAGUGGCUGCAGUUUUGGUUGGGUUCACAGUCUUCUUUGCCUUCACGUUUGCCUACAGCAUAAAGACUUUGAACUUCCAAACCAGAUAGAAGAGAAUUCACCAUGGCCAAAUCUUGUUGAAGCAUGUGUCACAGAUCAAAUUAAUCAGCGUAAAUAUAAAUAUUAUUUAUUAAAAUCAAUUAGAUUAUGGUUUCA